AACGCCUACUAUCGCUACUACUACCGCUACCAGUAAUACAGUGUGUGCGCCAGUAGUGUGUAGUACAAAGGAAGCUGUUGGAGGACUUAUGUUAAGUUGUAAACGGAACUACAGCGUGUACUGCUUAAUCAACUAUUAGUGGAGCAAUAGUCGACCGCACGAGUUGCCCAAGUUUAAGAGUUACGGUCGACUGCGGAUUAAGCAGUUGUCUGAAGAUGUCGGGCCACUUUGAUCCCUCAUAUUUUGACCGGCGUAACGCGGAGCUCAGGAAUCAGUCGCUGAACUCGUCCACGUCUACCUACAUACCACCAAGUUUACCUGACUCGUAUAUACCACCAACUUACAAUCCUACCUACCCAGCGCCUCAAUAUCAACCUACCCCAUAUGUCCCUCCUGAGGUUCCUACAGCCCCCUUGAUGCCGUCAUUUGAUGAACAUCAGCCACCAGGCGUAAACCCAAAUUAUCCGCCGGCACAGCCGGGAUAUUGCCUUUCCGCUCCCAGUUCAUACUGCCCUCCGCAUCCACCAAGCGACACCUAUACGCCACCUCCGGCGCCCAUGUAGAAUAAACGAAAAAAACAAACAGACUGCUGCAACAAAACUGUUAACACCUGCAAAAAGUAUUACUCCGCUUGAACUAUAUUGCAGCCAUUAUCUACAAAAUCUUUGCUUUUGUGUAAGCAACAAUACAUCUGAUACGUUUGCGAUAUCCUACAAUCAGUUAUUAGGAAAUAUUUUAGCGCCUUUAAAAAAUGUGUUCACCAUCAUUGAACCAUUGUUGUUGAUUGCAUAACAAUAAUCGGCAAGUGGCAGCAAAUAAUGACUUUAAUUCUGUGUUUUACAUUCUGUACUGUUCUAUACAUUCUAUACUACAGCACGCAUGUAAAAACAAUGCGAAUCAUUUUGCUAUUUAUAAUAAUUACCUUAAUAUGUUACAUCGAGGGCCAUCAAAUUUCAACUGUAUAUGUAACUUGGAAAUAAAAAAUCAAAGCUG